AUGAGGCUCUGGGCGGGCAACGUCGUCUUCCUCGAGGCCGCCGAGGGCCUGCGGUCGGCGCUGCGCCUCCUGGGCGUCGCCGCGCGCGUCGACGUCGGCGUCGAGGCCUGCCCCUGGGUCUCCGACGACGAGCUCUGGGUCCUCGUCGGCGCGACGCUUCUGCCCGGCGUCGCGCCGAGCGACGCGCCCUGGCCGCCGCCGCGGCGCUUCGUCGUCUACCAGAUGGAGCAGCUCGGGAGCGCCUGGCUCACGCCGGCCUACCUGGCCCUCGUCGCGCGCGCGGACGCGCUCUGGGAGUUCGCGCCGUCGCACGCGCCGCGCUGGGCGGCCGCCGCGCGGCGCGUCGCCUACGUGCCGCUCGCGCCGCCGGACCUCGGGCCGGCGCCGCCGCCGUCGCCGGCGCCGGCGGCGGACCUGCUCUUCUACGGCUGCGGCAACGCGCGGCGCGCCGCGCUGCGGGACGCGUGCGCCGCGCUGCUCGCGCCGCGGGGCUACCGCGUCGACUUCCGGGGCAGGAAAAGGGUGAUUCAAGUUCGCUUCAACGUCGACUUCCGCCUCGGCUUCGACCUCUUCGGCGCCGCGCGCGACGACGCCGCGCGGCGGGCGACGGUCGUGCUCAACGCCCACUUCUACGAGGGCGCGGCCCUCGAGACGCACCGCCUCAACUACCUGCUCCAGCGCGGCGCGUGCGUGCUCUCGGAGCCCUCCGCGGACCGCGACCUCGACGCGCUCUACGCGCGCGGCGUGCGCUUCGCGGCCUACGGCGACCUCCCGCGCGCGGCCCUCGCGCUCCUCGAGGACGCCGGCGCGCGGCGCGACGCGUCCGCCGCCGCCGCGGCGCUCGCGGCCGAGCUCCCGCGCGUCGCCGCGGCCUGGGCCGACGUCGCCCUGAAGGACCUCGGGUAG